CUUAAACAUAUGGCCACACGAUACUCUCGACAUGGCUGCCUUACGCAGCUACCGAUUGGUGACACCCGCAAACUCCGCCGCGCAGCCUUGCUCUCGGGGCCGAACCACGCGGAUUCCUUCUUCUUCAGCUCACGCGAGCUGGUGUAAGCAACAUGAACUAUUAAAGGACUUGGCGCGUCCUCUUGGAGUGGCUACCGCGUGCCAACCUCGGGCACGCCUUGUUCGUGCAAGCGCUACUUCGCCCUCACCCUCCACCUCCUCCGCCCCGGAGAUAAGCAUUCCACCCACGCAGUGGGUUCAGAAAACCAUCACUCUACCGCAGUACCCCCGCGGCUGCCACGUCAUCACACGCCGCAUUUACGAGGCGCUGCCCGAGUUGGGGUCAUUCGAAGUCGGCCUCGCCAACAUCUUCAUCCUACACACUAGCGCUUCUCUGACCAUUAACGAGAACGCCAGCCCCGAGGUGCCCCUCGACCUCAACGAUGCACUCAACCGCCUGGCGCCCGAGGGGCCGCACUACCGCCACGACGAUGAGGGCUCGGACGACAUGCCAGCACACAUCAAGAGCAGCAUCAUGGGGCCCUCGCUGACCGUGCCGGUGGCCAAGGGCCGCUUCGCGCUAGGCACGUGGCAGGGCAUCUACCUGAACGAGCACAGGAACAUGGGCGGCUCGCGGUCCAUCGUGAUCACAGUGCAGGGCCAGAUGCGGGCAGAUGGUCGCAAGUACGCCGCGGCCUGGCACGCAUGAACUGCAUCGCUUGUACCGUAGACUGACUCCCCUUGGAGUGGGGAGUAUUAGGACGGUAUGCAUGUCUUGAAGGCGCGCUGAAGUUUGGGUGCCUGUGUGAAACGAGGAAGUAGUGGGUGCUGGCGGGUGCGCGGGGGCAGACCGCGAGGAGUGGCCUGGGCUGAAGAUUUUUGGGCGCUGCCUUCGCACGCCAGCGCGCACAAAAGCGCUUGCUUGAACAAGCUUAAGAGUGCCAACGGAUAUCUGGAAUUCCAUUUGGGUGGUGCCACAUCGAUCGGGACUUUCCACGUUUGCACUUCAGAAUCGGCAUGCUACUGUUCACAUAGACGAGCCAUAGACAUAUCUUUGCCACAGCAUCACAUAAAGCAAUCUGCGCGUGGACAAAGCCGAGCCAAGCGCAAAAAUACCGCAUCGUUUGGC